UGACGUUUGAAAUUGACAUUUUCAUAGUCAUCGCGUUUGCGGCAUCUAAAAUUUAGUUGCUGCUUUAUACCUUAAUAGUUUGUGAAAUUCGCGUUUAAACUUAAUUUCAUUAUGUUCAGGAACCAGUACGACAGUGACGUCACAGUAUGGAGUCCCCAGGGUCGUCUCCACCAAGUGGAGUAUGCGAUGGAAGCAGUCAAGCUUGGCUCAGCCACCGUUGGCUUAAAAAACAAACAGUUUGCCGUACUUAUCGCUCUGAAGAGAGCAGUGAGUGAAUUGUCUGCGUAUCAAAAGAAAAUCAUACCCAUUGAUGAGCAUAUUGGCAUAUCUAUCUCUGGAUUAACUGCUGAUGCUAGGAUGUUGAGUCGGUUCAUGCGUACUGAGUGCCUGAACCACCACUAUGCUCAUGAUGCACCGAUGCCAGUUGGCCGUUUGAUCGGUCUCGUGGGCAACAAGAUGCAGAUCUGUACGCAGAGAUAUGACAAACGACCUUUGGGAGUUGGAUUACUUGUGGCGGGCUAUGACGAUCAAGGCCCCCACAUCUACCAGACUUGUCCAUCCGCCAACUUCUUUGACUGUAGGGCUAUGGCCAUUGGAGCCCGGUCUCAGUCAGCCAGGACUUACCUUGAGAAGCACCUGAACACCUUCAUGGACUGCGAUCUUCAAGAAUUAGUGGCUCAUGGACUCCGUGCCCUGAGAGACACACUGCCCAAUGAAGUGGAUCUAAACACUAAGAAUGUGUCGAUAGCUGUGGUCGGUCCUAAGACCCCGCUGCGCAUUAGUGAUGAAGAGGAGUUGUCUCGCUACCUGGCGCUGGUGGAGGGCGAGGAGAGGCGCGGAGGCGGCGCCAGCGCCACCGGCGACGCCGCGCCCGAGAGGCCCGCGCCGGGGGACGACGCGCAGCCCGCGGUGGCGAUGGACACGGAGUAAUCGAUGAGCGGCUCGGGGCUGUCGACGAUGGUGACGAGUCCAUAGACGACCUGGAUUUCGAUCAUCCUCGUUGCCAUGGCAACAGCUUCUUCGACCUGCAGUACACACCGCGUUUCUCCCCCCAUAGCCCUUUCAAAGGUCUUUUUGGCCAGUGUUUAGAUGAUGAAUAACAUACAAAACAGGUGACACUAGUUUUAACUGAGAUCCUUAAAGCCUCUUACAUAAGAGCUAUGCCAAGAUAACAUUUUGACGUGGGUAUUAAGCUCAUUUUCGGUUCCUAGGGACGGUUGCAACUGAUUGCGAAGAUUUUUGUCUAUAUAUUUGCAAUAUUGUAGUUACAGUCGUCUGAACACUGGCCAAGAUUAAAAGAAAAGAAUUGCAUUUUAUUAUUUUCGUAUAUCUAUUUUAUUCAAUAAAACAUUUGCUUUACUA